AUGUUAAAUUCAAUUUUUCGUGGCCUUUUGGGCACAGAGGAGGCUCCUACAAAAGUCAUAGAGGUGCGGUCAGAUAACUACAUUUCAAGGCCGAUUCAUUAUCGUGAGGACUCGAUCUUAUUGUAUGGGCCUAAAUCUCCCUCUGAUGGCAAGAACACGAAGGACAAAUACUUCGAAAUAGUACUCCACAAGCCUUUUACUGAGAGCUUACAUCAGAUGUACAGUUUGUGUCGAGCUAAAACAUUAGAGGAGGCUGAGGAGAAAUUCAUAGUUUAUAAAGAAAGAAUACCAAUAUUUAUUAAAAUCACUAAAGAGUGCACAGUGGCAAUUCUUCAGAAACUAUGCGACACAUUAUCACAGCACCAAUCAUGGACAAUCGCUCACAUGAUGGCCCACUUUGGCCUGAGUGAGCAGUUCAACGACCCUGAAGUUCAGAAACAUAUUGAUGAUAUUGAUCCUUUAACUGGAGCUUCACCUUUGAUGGUGGCUGUAAAAUCAUGCAAUGUGCGCAUGGUUCAGAGUUUAGUCUCGCUGCAUUGUUCCCUAGAUGUCAUCGACCUUGAAGGCAACACGGUGUUCCACUACGCAGCUGCUAGCAACAAAGAAAUUAUUAACGCCUUAGCUAGCAAGAGUCCAUCAUCGCUAAACGUGUACAAUAAGCAAGGGUACACGCCGCUACACACAGCAUGUUUAGCGGAUGCACCAGAUUGCGUGCGCGCCCUCAUGUUAGCGGGCGCAGACGUUAAUCUAACCGCAGCCAAGAGGUCUACUAGUCUUCUACCAGGUAUAGUCGGCGAUCUCCUUCAAGACAACCAGCCCAAAUUGUAUCAGCAAGACAUGAAACAUGGAGGUACACCGCUCCACUGGGCAAUCUCCCGCGAAGUAGUCGUAGCUCUGGUCGACAAAAACUGUGAUAUAAAUGCUCUCAACUUCGAUGGGAGGACGGCACUUCACAUUAUGGUUUUACGAGGCCGUUUAGAAUGUGCCAUGGCCCUAUUAUCUAGAGGAGCUGAACAUUCCAUUGGAGAUAAUGAAGGAAACACUCCAUUGCAUCUAGCAGUUAAGCAACCGAAUAUAGCAAUAGUCCAAGCUUUGAUCGUGUUCGGAGCCAAUUUGGAAGCGAAGAACAAUAUGGGGAACACACCAAGACAUACGUUGCCUACUGAAUUGUCGAACAGCAAUUAUGAUAAAAUAUUGUAUGUUUUACAUGCGGUUGGCGCUAAAAGAUGCGCCCCAGAAAUAUCAGGCUGUAGAUCAAGUUGUUCGGCUCGUGGUGAUUACAACGGUGUUCCACCUCCUCCCGUAGCCAGGAGUUCUACACGAGACCUCGUAAGCCAAAUGUUGUCCGUAGCAGCAAUGGAAAGAGCUGCUUGUUAUGAUACUAGCCAAAAACAGGGACGAUUACUCUGCCUAGAUGGAGGUGGUAUUCGAGGCCUAGUCCUAGUCCAGGUACUCCUUAGUCUUGAAGAAGCUGUUGGCAGACCUAUCGUGGAGUGCUUCGACUGGGUGGCUGGUACCAGUACUGGUGGCAUACUGGCUUUGGGCUUGGCCAGUGGAAAGUCUUUAAGAGAAUGCCAGAGAGUCUAUUUUAGAUUGAAAGAGUGCGCUUUCAUCGGCAUGAGGCCAUAUCCUUCGGAGGCUUUGGAGACUAUUCUAAAGGAUUGUUUAGGCACAGAAACAGUAAUGUCGGACAUAAAACAUCCAAAAUUAAUGAUAUUGGCGCUUCUGGCUGAUCGGAAACCUGUGGACCUACAUCUAUUUAGAAACUAUAAGUCUGCCCAGGACAUCCUUGAUGAACAUAAUGGAACUACAAGUCCUCACGCAGAAGCAGGCGACCAAGCAUCAGUGGUGUCACUAGCGCAGCCUCCGCCCCCGUCCGAGCAGCUAGUGUGGCAGGCGGCGCGCGCUACUGGAGCCGCGCCCUCAUACUUUAGGGCUUCGGGCAGAUACUUGGAUGGUGGUUUAAUGGGGAACAACCCGACAUUAGAUGUUUUAACAGAGCUGACGGAGCUGAACCUAGCGUUACGAGCUACAGGGCAACACGAGGAGGCUAAGAAAACCAACCUUAAAGUAGUUGUGUCAUGUGGCACAGGUUUAAUUCCAGUAUCGAAGUUAAAAGAUAUAGACGUGUUCAAGCCGGAGAGUUUGUGGGACACGGCCAGGCUUGCAUGGGGACUGUCUGCUAUCGGCGGCCUUCUUGUAGAUCAGGCGACACAAUCAGAUGGUCGUGUAGUAGACCGAGCACGAGCGUGGUGUAGUGCAGUCGGAGUGCCCUACUACCGGUUCUGUCCACAAAUGUCGAAAGACGUCGCUAUGGACGAGAAGAACGAUGAAAUCUUAGUCACUAUGCUAUGGGAAGCGCAAAUGUAUAUGUAUUCGCAUCGAGAUCGAGUCGCUGAGUUAGCUGCGUUGCUUAACGAUCAUGAACCAAUGAAAACAAAUUGA